AUGACUAUGUUUCCGUUCGUCGUUAGUGGCCUGGCACUUGUCGCUUACCAUGUUUUGAAGUACAUAGACAAGAAGGAAAGGUGCAAGGAAAUGAGCGCGGACGAAAUCAGGAGGCUCGCGAAAGAUUUGUCUUUCAAAGGAGAUUAUGCAGUCGGGAAAGAGUUUGUAGACUUUGAUCUCGUCUUCGAUUCUUCUAAGAACGUAGAGAUUCGCAAAGCCCUUCUGUCCUUCGCCGCGAUGGUCGAGAGGUGCGAGGAGCGCCACGCGGAUCCAUACGGAAUCAGCGACGAAGACUACAACUACAUACUGAAAGGAGCGAGAGAUGAAUGCAAGUGA